GGCUGGGCGGGCGGGAGGAGCGAACUCGCCGGCCGGCGCUCGCGGCGUCCCGGCUCGGGCCACGCCGAGGAGCUGUCCUCGCGCAGCCCUCCGGGCUCAGGGCUUGCCUGCCGAGGCGCCCCCCGCCCCGGGCUCCUCGCCUCGGCCCGCGGCGGCCCCGAUGCCGAGGCAUGGAUAGAGCGGCGCUGCGCGGGUCGGCGAUGGGCGAGAAGAAGGAGGGCGGCGGUGCGGAUGCCGCGGCGGAUGGGAGCGCCCGGGCCGCGGCCAGCCGGGCGCUGCAGCAGUGCGGGCAGCUGCAGAAGCUCAUCGACAUCUCCAUCGGCAGCCUGCGCGGGCUGCGCACCAAGUGCGCGGUGUCCAACGACCUCACCCAGCAGGAGAUCCGCACCCUGGAGGCCAAGCUGGUGCGGUAUAUCUGCAAGCAGCGGCAGUGCAAGCUCAGUGUGGCUGCCAGUGAGCGGACCCCAGAGCUUGACAGCUACCCCCGCUUCAGUGACUGGCUCUACAUCUUCAAUGUGAAGCCCGAGGUGGUGCAGGAGAUCUCCCACAACCUCACACUGGACACCCUGCUGGAGAUGAGCGAGGCCGAGGUGAAGGACACGCUACGGCACUGCAGAGCCGGACCUGAGGACUGUGGGCGCCUGCAGCAAGCCCUCGCCUGCCUGCGUAAGGUCACGGGCCUGGGCGGAGAGCACAAAGAGGAGCCCAGCUGGAGUUCAGCGGAUGCUCGGCGGGAAAGCGGCUCUGGGCCUCCCACGGACUCCCUGUCCCCCGCCAGCUCACCCUGGCUGCCAGGGAGCGCCCCUCUGGGCAGAGUGGGCAACAGCUUGCAGGGCCCGCGCUCCGUCUCCGUGUCAGCCCUGCCUGCCUCCGACUCCGCGGCCCCCGGCCUGAGUGAGGGCCUCUCGGACACCUGCCUCCCACUGCACGCCAGCGGGCGGCUGACCCCCCGCGCCCUGCACAGCUUCAUCACGCCUCCCGCCACGCCCCAGCUGCGCCGUCACGCCAAGCUGAAGCCGCCGCGGACACCCCCGCCGCCCAGCCGCAAGGUCUUCCAGCUGCUGCCCAGCUUCCCCACGCUCACUCGGAGCAAGUCCCAUGAGUCGCAGCUCGGAAACCGCAUCGACGAGGUCUCCCCGAUGCGGUUUGAUCUCCAGCAUGGAUCCCCGCAGCUGGUACGAAGGGACAUCGGACUCUCGGUUACACACAGGUUCUCAACCAAGUCCUGGCUGUCACAGGUGUGCCACGUGUGCCAGAAGAACAUGAUGUUUGGAGUGAAGUGCAAGCAUUGCAGGCUGAAGUGUCACAACAAGUGUACGAAAGAGGCCCCUGCCUGUCGGAUCUCCUUCCUCCCACUAACUCUUCGGAGGACAGAAUCUGUUCCCUCAGACAUCAACAACCCAGUGGACAGAGCAGCUGGACCCCACUUCGGGACCCUCCCCAAAGCACUCUCAAAGAAGGAGCAUCCUCCAGCCAUCAACCACCUGGACUCCAGCAGCAACCCAUCUUCCACUGCAUCCUCCACGCCCUCCUCGCCGGCACCCUUCCCAACAUCGUCCAACCCCUCCAGUGCCACCACGCCGCCCAACCCCUCGCCUGGCCAACGGGAUAGCAGGUUCAACUUCCCAGCUGCCUACUUCAUCCAUCAUAGACAGCAGUUCAUCUUCCCAGACAUCUCGGCCUUCCCACAGGCAGUGCCGCUCCCCGAUGCAGCCAACAGCGUCCGGCCAGAGGAGCCGCCCCAGACGGACGUGCUGGAUGCUCACAAGGCAGAGGCCGAGGAGCCAGAGGCAAGCAAGUCAGAGGCAGAAGACGAUGAGGACGAGGUGGACGACCUGCCCAGCUCCCGGCGGCCCUGGCGUGGCCCCAUCUCCCGCAAGGCCAGCCAGACCAGCGUGUACCUGCAGGAGUGGGACAUCCCCUUUGAGCAGGUGGAGCUGGGCGAGCCCAUCGGGCAGGGCCGCUGGGGCCGUGUGCACCGCGGCCGCUGGCACGGUGAGGUGGCCAUCCGCCUGCUGGAGAUGGACGGUCACAACCAGGAUCACCUGAAGCUGUUCAAGAAGGAGGUGAUGAACUACCGGCAGACGCGCCAUGAGAACGUAGUGCUGUUCAUGGGCGCGUGCAUGAACCCGCCCCACCUGGCCAUCAUCACCAGCUUCUGCAAGGGGCGAACGUUGCACUCAUUCGUGAGAGACCCCAAGACGUCCCUGGACAUCAACAAGACAAGGCAGAUCGCUCAGGAGAUCAUCAAGGGCAUGGGCUAUCUCCACGCCAAGGGCAUCGUGCACAAGGACCUCAAGUCCAAGAACGUCUUCUACGACAAUGGCAAGGUGGUCAUCACAGACUUCGGGCUCUUUGGGAUCUCGGGCGUGUUCCGAGAGGAGCGGCGUGAAAACCAGCUGAAACUGUCCCAUGACUGGCUGUGUUACCUGGCUCCCGAGAUCGUGCGUGAGAUGGUGCCUGGCAAGGAUGAGGACCAGCUGCCCUUCUCCAAAGCUGCUGAUGUCUACGCAUUUGGGACUAUCUGGUAUGAGCUGCAAGCAAGAGACUGGCCCUUCAAGAACCAGGCCGCAGAGGCCCUUAUCUGGCAGAUCGGCAGUGGGGAAGGAACGAAGCGCCUCCUGGCCUCCGUCAGCCUGGGCAAGGAAGUCAGCGAGAUCCUGUCUGCCUGCUGGGCCUUUGACCUCCAUGAGAGACCCAGCUUCAGCCUGCUGAUGGAGAUGCUGGAGAAACUGCCCAAGCUAAACCGGCGGCUCUCCCACCCUGGCCACUUCUGGAAGUCAGCUGAGCGCUGGCGGAGCCGCUACUACGGGAGAGGACGCUACGGGCAUAAGAAUUGCUGUCCGGCCCUGGAGGAAUACAUUAACAGCAGCAAAGUCGUGUCCCGCUUUGAGAGGUUUGGCCUGGGGGUCCUGGAGUCCAGUAACCCAAAGAUGUAACCGGCGGCACAGCGUUUCAGCUCCCAACGGCCUCCCUUAUUCAAAUGUGUUUCUGACACACCCAGACCAACGCCACGACAGCCAGACACUCCUCACCUCUCGCUCCAGACCCCUCAUCCACAAAACACUUGGGUCUCUGGGCUGGCUGGAGCCACAUCUGCUGCACCCCGGCCCUGAUUCCACCUGUUCUGACCGACAGCCAAUGUUUACAUGUAUGUU